AGCCGACCGACCGACCGGCCGGCCGUGGCGGGCGUCUACCCCAGGCACAGCCCCUCGCAAUUGUCAUUCAUUGCCCUUCCUGCAUUUGCCCACGGAACUUUAGAAAGGAUUUGCAGAAUCAAGUAGCAUGACUUCUAAAGAUGAAUUUUGCAAUACAUUUUGGAGAACCAAACGAGAAGUUGUAAACUCGGACGCAGUAAAUCAAAACUAUGAUGAAUUCACUGGAGACAAUAAUUGAAGCUGUCGUUUUCUUUUCGGAAGAUCAACCAUUUGAUUGUCAACAGCAUGAUUUUUUUUCGCGACGUUAGAAUUAUUUUUAUCUGCCCAACAGGUCGGGGAUGACGUUUCGCCUUGGGUUAUGUGAUUUUAUGUACGUUAACUAAAACGUUUCUGUCUUCCAUCAAGCACGAUGUGUAGAUUUGAAAAUCUGCAUGAACUGAAAAGACUUUGUCACUGGGGGCCAAUUAUAGCCUUAUCCGUGAUUGCUGUAUGUUCAUCAAUGGCCAUCAUAGACUCGGUACUGUGGUACUGGCCCCUCGAUACCCUAGGUGGAAGUAUAAAUUUCAUUAUGUUGAUAAACUGGACCGUUCUGAUACUUUACAACUAUUUUAAUGCAAUGUUUGUUGGUCCGGGCUAUGUGCCGCUUGGAUGGAAGCCGGAGAAUCCUCAUGAUGCAAUAUAUCUGCAGGACUGCAGAAUCUGUCAUGGUUACAAGGCACCCCGGUCUCAUCAUUGUCGUAAAUGUAACAGGUGUGUGAUGAAGAUGGAUCAUCAUUGUCCAUGGAUUAAUAAUUGUUGUGGUAAUUUUAACCAUGGCUACUUUACCUUAUUCCUGAUGUUAGCACCUUUGGGAUGUAUUCAUGCUUCUGUGAUUUUAAUCAUGACCAUGUACACACAGCUCUAUAACAGGAUAUCGUUUGGUUGGAGUUCUGUAAAAAUUGACAUGAGUAUGGCUCAAAGUAAUCCUCAGUACAUCAUUCCUUUUGGAAUUUAUGGAUUUGCUGCCUCGCUGUUUGCUUUAGGAUUGGCAAUUGGCACAACAAUAGCUGUUGGAAUGUUGUUUAUUAUUCAGAUGAAAGUGAUUCUUAGAAACAAAACAUCCAUUGAAGUUUGGAUAGAAGAAAAGGCCAAAGACAGAAUCCAGUAUUAUCAAACGGGUGAGCAGUUCAUUUUUCCGUAUGACCUUGGAAGCAAGUGGAAGAACUUCAGGCAAGUGUUUACAUGGUCUGGGAUUCCUGAAACAGAUGGAAUUGUUUGGCCUGUUCGUGAAGGCAGCCAUCCAUACACACUAACAAUAGAACAGCUGAAACAGAAAGCUGAUAAACGAGUGAGAAGUGUUCAAUACAAAGUGAUUGAAGAUUACAAUGGAGCUUGCUGUCCUUUAACAAAAGGUUUCAAAACAUUUUAUAGCACACCUUGUACUGAAGAACCCAGAAUUCAGCUGAAGAAAGGAGAAUUGAUUUCAGCCACAAGGGGUUUGAAGCACUGGAUGUAUGGUGACAAGAACUUGAAGAAAAAUGCCCAUGUUGGAAAGCAUGAACGAGGCUGGUUCCCAAGAAAGUGUGUGGAGAAAUACUCAAAUGGUCCUGCCACAGAUAAAAAAUCAGAAGAGGAUAAAAAGAAUUUCUGAUACUACUGGUGCCAGUUUUCCAACAGCAGAGUUAAUAAUGGCCUUCUACAGAACCUCCUUUCCUUGGCUUAAAGUUUCUUUUCCACAUUUAAUUCCUACUUGACUUAUUUUGAUAAAGCAAUUGUUUUCCUAAGCAUUUCUUUUAUAAGCAAAGAAAUUCCUUUAAAAUUUCCAAUGUUUAUGACAACCUAAUUAUGGUGAUAGAGAUUUGAGAGAUGAUUCACAAUUUUAAAAUAAUAAAUUCCUUUUCAUAUGCA